AUGAUCUCCAGAGUCUUCACAGGUUGCUUCCAAUGCCUGGUAGAUGCUGAUGACAGUCUCCGCUUGUGUUGGGGGCAUAUUCUCUCCAAAUAUGGCAUACGGAAUGUGGACUCCUGUUUCAGAACAAUUGACCGGAUUUUUAACACGGACCAAAACGUAAUACAGGCCGGGAGAGUUGGGGGAGGCUAUGACAGACAGCUGAGGGACAUCAUGCAUGCAGAGAUCAUGCCCCUGGUGGAAGAGUUUGAUACGAAGAUGAACCCAGACUCUGUAUAUGAAGAGAGGUUACAGACAGCUGCAAAUAAUUUCAUCGCCGCGGCCUCCAAACUGCCUAGAGCUUCCGGAUGCUUCCCCCCUUGUGGUUUCCAGGUGUCCGGCGCUGUCUACAACUGUCUCACCUGCCAAUACGACAGCUGCGAGUACCCCCUCGACUGUCCGAUGAGUGACUUCACAGUUGGGGAGAACAACAGCACCGAGAUGCGAUGUGAUGUCCAGUUUCCCCUGCCCAGCCAAGCGGAGAUCGUCUGGAGGUUUGCCUCCAAGGUCAAGACUCAGCAGGUGGAUCAGUUCAAGAUGGUGACAGUGGGGGCGGACCGCCUCUACUCUAUCCCCUCCGCCCGCCUGCACCAUCAGGGCACGUACCAGUGCGAGGUCUUCUCCCAGCAGCGGUCCAUCGUCAGAAUCUACCACCAUCUCACAGUGAUCCCUCAGGUCCUGGUAGCCCAGGCCAAGUUGCAGGGGAUAUUUGACACGGCUCUCCUUCUGGGGGGGCAGAUCGCACCCCUGCCCGCCGGCCUACCCCGUGACCUCGGCCCAACCCGGCUGUCCGGUCUGCAGCAGCUCCCCUCCCCCUCCCUGCUGGCUGCGUGUCUGAGCGUGCUGCUGCUGCUGCUCUUCCUGUCCCUGGGGUAA